AUGACCGCAGUCAACCUCCAAGAAAUCCACGAUCUCUUGAUCGACAUUGCUCAUGAAGCAGGUCGUAUGAUUAUGUCGGCAACCCCUUCAUACUUGAGCUCUGGGACCAAGAUGAACACCGCCGACCUGGUAACCGAAACCGACAAAGCAGUCGAAGCAAUGGUCUCCACCCGCCUUACCGCCGCUUACCCAACCUAUUCCUUCAUUGGCGAGGAGACAUUCGUCAAAGGAGAAACUAAACUCACUUCCGCCCCAACCUUCAUCUGCGAUCCCAUUGAUGGCACAACAAACUUCGUCCAUGCAUACCCCGCAUUCUGUAUCUCUCUUGGCUUCGUUGUCGACAAAGUUCCCAGUGUAGGAGUUGUAUAUAAUCCCUUCACUGGUGACCUCUUCACAGGAAUCAAGGGUCACGGCUCAUUCGUAACUCGUAAAGAUGGGGAAAAAUUCAGCCUGCCGCUCAAAAAAGAGCCAGAACCGUUAAAAGAUUUGAGUACCUGUCUCGUAACCGCAGAAUGGGGCUCAGAUCGCUCAGGGCAUAAUUUCGAUCUCAAAUGCGAUGUCUUCAGAAAAUUAUCUGCGGCCAAAGAAGAUGGAGGCGCGAUGGUACAUUCACUAAGGGGGUUAGGGAGCGCAGCUUUAAAUUUGGUACAUGUGGCUAGUGGACAACAAGAUGUUUUUUGGGAGGGAGGUUGUUGGGCUUGGGAUGUUGCAGCUGGGUGGUGUAUUUUGGUUGAAGCGGGAGGCAUUAUGGUUGGUGGUAAUCCUGGGGAGUGGAAUUGUGAGGUUGAUGGGAGGAAAUAUAUGGCGAUCAGAGGGGCGCCUAGUGGGCAGAAGGAUAUUGUGGAGGAGAUGUGGAGGGUAAUUGGGGAUAGAAAAAUGAAUUAUGAGAGUUAG